UAAGCCGAAGAAGACGGACAAACGGUAAACAUGGCGGCGUCUGAGAAAGACUCUAAACCGGGGAAACCUCCAAAGAAGGACUCACAGCCUUUAAUCAUUGCUAAAACGCCUGCAGAGGAGCAGCGGCUCAAACUGGAGAAGUUAAUGCGCAACCCGGAUAAACCGGCUACGAUACCGGAAAGACCGAAAGAAUGGACUCCGCGCGCGGCCCCGGAGUUCGUGCGUGACGUCAUGGGCUCCAGUGCCGGAGCGGGCAGCGGUGAAUUCCACGUCUACAGACACUUGAGGCGGCGAGAGUAUCAGAGACAAGACUUUCUGGACCGGAUGUCUGAGAAGCAAAAGAUGGAUGAAGAAUAUCUGGAGAAAGUGAAGGAGAACCAGCAUGCUGCUGAGGAGAGGACAGCCAAACGCAGGAAGAAGAGGGAGAAGAUCAAACAGAAAAAGAUGAUGGCCAAGAAAGCCAAACAGGAGAGCAAGAACCAAGCAGAGCCUGAUAAAGAGGAGGAGGAGGAAUCCUCGGAGAGCGAGAAAGAGGACGAGGAUGAAGAGGAAAAGAAUGACCGUGACGACGAUGCUGAGGAGCCCAGCUUUGUCAUGGGCAAGAGGUGACUCCUGAAGAAGCUUCUCAGGAAAGCACCAUGGUCCUGAAUCCCAGAAGAGAAAACUUCAAACACCCAAAAACACACAGACCUUUCUGGAGAACCUGCUGCAUACUGUGUGCUUGUUUUGUUGUAUUUCUAGAAUGUUUUUUUUUUUUCCCCUUGAACUGUACAUACUAUAUUUUUUAAUAAACAUCACAAAACCAACAGUUGAUCUUA